UCUCGCGAGCAGCAGCAGCAGCAGUCUGCAGUCAGCCGCCGGAGCUGUAACGCUAUGUGGCUCUGAGAGAGACGGAGAAAACUGUUUUUUUGCACCGCAGCAGGUUAAUGACGGGACGGGGCUUUUGGACAUGAGGACGCCCGCUGCAGUGACUUCUUGCAAAAGGGAGGACCGGGAAUCCUGACUGGGAUCGUGUCGUUCUUUCACCGAGCAAAUGAGAAAAGAAUCGUCAUGAGCGUUUUCCUGCCGACCAGUCACUCCUUCACUGAGGGACCUCGGCCUCUUCUGCUUUCUGGACGUAUCAAUGCAGGGAUGAGAUAAUAAAGUCGACCAGCUUGUGCAUGCCGCUACGACAAACACCUGUAGCACACCUGUAAACCCCCCACCCCCACCCCACCCCCCGUCCCAAAGAUAACUUCAAGUCAACGGUGAAAACAUGACGACGCCGGCUCUCCUGCCGCUGUCCGGCCGCAGGAUACCCACUCUGUCGCCGGGCGCCUCCUCCUUCCCGCACCACAGGGCCACGUUGAGGCUCUCCGAGAAGUUCAUCCUCCUCCUCAUCCUCAGUGCCUUCAUCACCUUAUGCUUCGGGGCCUUCUUCUUCCUCCCGGACAACUCCAAGCACAAGCGCUUCGACCUGGGCUUGGAGGAUGUGCUCAUCCCCCACAUUGACUCCCCCAAAGAGGGGAAGCACGCCUCUGGACAGGUGGUCAUACACGGACAGGGAGGACAUGACGAGCACAGACACAGGGAGGAGGAGGAGAGCCUGCGGGACAAGAUCCGAGCGGACCACGAGCGAGCGCUGCAGGAGGCCAAGGAGAAGCUGAGAAAGUCCCGCGAGGAGCUGCAGGCUGAGAUCCAGACGGAGAAGAACAAAGUGAUGGAGGACUUGAAGAAGAAGGAGGCGGGGCCCAAACCGCUGCCGCCCGUCCCCAUGCCCAAAGUGGUGGGCGUCAGUGACGGAGAGCCGCCGGAGCCCGACGCCAAGGAGAGACGGGACAAGAUCAGAGAGAUGAUGAAGCAUGCGUGGGACAGCUACAGACAGUACGGAUGGGGACACAACGAGCUGAAGCCUCUCGCCAAGAAGGGACAUUCCACUAAUAUCUUCGGUAACUCCCAGCUAGGGGCGACCAUUGUGGACGCCUUAGACACCCUCUACAUCAUGGGUCUGCACGACGAGUUCAAGGACGGCCAGGAGUGGAUCGAACAGAACCUGGACUUCGGAGUGAAUGCCGAGGUGUCUGUGUUUGAGGUCAACAUUCGUUUCAUAGGAGGACUGCUGGCCGCCUACUACCUCUCUGGACAGGAAGUAUUCAAGCUGAAGGCCGUCCAGCUUGCAGAAAAGCUACUUCCUGCCUUUAACACCCCCACAGGAAUCCCCUGGGCCAUGGUCAACCUCAAGAGUGGUGUCGGUCGUAACUGGGGUUGGGCGUCGGCAGGCAGCAGCAUCCUGGCUGAGUUCGGGACUCUCCACAUGGAGUUCGUCCACCUCACCUACCUGACGGGGAACCCGGCCUACUACCAGAAGGUGAUGCACAUCCGGAAGCUGCUCGCCAAAAUGGACCGACCCAACGGACUCUACCCGAACUACCUGAACCCCCGGACGGGUCGCUGGGGCCAACACCACACCUCUGUUGGAGGACUUGGGGACAGUUUCUACGAGUACCUGCUGAAGGCGUGGCUCAUGUCGGACAAGACGGAUACGGAAGCUCGCAAGACCUACGAUGACGCCAUCGAGGCCAUCGAGCGCCACCUGAUACGCAAAUCCAACGGCGGCCUGACGUUCAUCGGCGAGUGGAAGAACGGCCACCUGGAGAGGAAGAUGGGCCACCUGGCCUGCUUUGCCGGCGGCAUGUUUGCGUUGGGCGCCGACGGCUCGCCCGACGACAAGGCCGGACACUACCUGCAGCUGGGAGCCGAGAUCGCACACACCUGCCACGAGUCCUACGACAGGACAGUGUUGAAGCUGGGCCCGGAGGCCUUUAAGUUCGACAGCGGCCUGGAGGCGGUGGCCGUGCGGCAGAAUGAGAAGUACUACAUCCUGCGGCCGGAGGUCAUCGAGACCUACUGGUACAUGUGGAGGUUCACCCACGAUCCCAAAUAUCGGCAGUGGGGCUGGGAGGCAGCGCAGGCCAUCGAUAAGUACUGCCGGGUGAGCGGAGGUUUCUCCGGAGUGAAGGACGUCUACUCCUCCAACCCGACCUACGACGACGUGCAGCAGAGCUUCUUCCUGGCCGAGACGCUCAAGUAUCUGUACCUGCUGUUCUCCAGCGACGACCUGAUGCCGUUUGAGAGUUGGGUCUUCAACACGGAGGCUCACCCUCUUCCUGUCCUGCACCUCGGCAACAUCACGCUGCCCGGCAGCGAGCCGGCUCAGCAGUAAACGGACCGUUUGGAGGGGGGGGGGCAUCUUUUCUCCUCCACGGCACCAGGUGGGCUCCACCUGUACGGCCGCCUGCCCUCCAAAAAUAAAAAAGAAACACCACACCCCCACCAACACUGGAUAAACUUACAUUCAGCUCUACAGACUCAGCUGCUCUCUGGACUGCAGACGUCACCCCGAGGAGACGGAGGACGGAGGACGUUUGAGUCUCCACCGUCUUCUUCUUCUGUGUUUUACUCUCUCGACUCUGUCCAUCUCUCCGUCUUCUCUGCUUCAAGCAGGAAGACGGCGGGUGUGCUGCUCAGCCUCUCCACUCUGAAGGACCGAGCUCCCAAACCGGAGGCUUGAUUUACUUUCUUUUUUUUUUUUGGUUAUUAUUUUUCGUGUUGAUUUGAGAUUUGACCAAACUCGGACAGACUUUCGAGCUGCUGCACUCAGAGUGCAUUGUGGGGUUUCUGUGAAGGAUUACACAGUCGUGUCUGACGCUGUACCGAUGGAAGUGACUUUUGUUUUUUUUGUUUCCAGGCAGACGGACUUGAGGACUUUGCAGGGUCUGUUGUCGAUGAGGUGUGCUUUUUGUUUUGGACUAAUCCUUACUGGGGGACACAGGGUUGAGUUCUCCCUGAGCCCCCCCCCCCCCUCCAUUCCACUUCCUGUUUGAUCUUCAGAUGAACUCAAACCUUCAGUUGUGAGGGUGGGCUGUGGCGACAGUCCCCUCCUCCUCUUCUAAUCCUCCUUUUUCAGAAAAAUGGACCAUUGUAAGUGGAACAGUGACUCACAAGGUGACAGCAGCAGGCCUCCUCAUCCUCCUCAUCUUCAUCUUUCCACGUUUAGAGACAACACCAAACAUUCUACUGCUACCGGUGUUCGGAUGCUGCUGGAAGCUGAAAUCUCUCCUCCAUGACAAAAAAAACAAACAGUUUCUUUCCUGCUUCUUCUCUCAUCUUCAUCUCUCAUCCCACCUUCAUCAUUUUCAGGUCACGCAUUGUGAGACGAGGCUUUUGUGUAUGAGUUAAAAUAACCUGCUGUAAAUCAUUUAUUUGUGCACUUUGUACGGGAGGUCUGUGAAGAAGGAGGCGAACAGAAGUGUAGCACUGAGCUAGCUGAAUAAAUGGCAUCUCACCUGCUGAGCUCACAUCCCUCUUUUGCUCUGUUUCACCAUCAUCAUCAUCAUCAUCAUCAUCACCGGUUGGACCUCCUCUAACUGUAAGUUGCAUGAACUCAUCAUCGUGUUCAAAAUAAUCUUUUAAUGUUUUCGGUCCUUCUCCUCUCGGCUACGUUUGAACCACAACAAGAAGAAACGCUCUGAGGCCUUUAGUCUCUUCUAGGAAUGCUUUUUCAUUUCUUUAUAAUUUAAAAUGCACAUUCAUUGAUGAGUCUUUAUAACUUCUCCUCUGUGUAAGAGUUCGAUAGUCCUUUAGUCUCUUCUCACACGAGUCGGGAAAGUCUGGCAAAGUAUGAAACACUUUAUAUAUAUCUACAUCUAUAUAUAUAUUUAUAUAUAUAUAUAUAUAUAUAAAUAUCCAAAUCUUUAAAUCUGUGGAGAAAUUGAGAUCUGGGAGAAGUCAGGCAUUCUGAAAUGGAACCAAUCAAAGACUUUUUUAAAUAUUUCUUUAUAAUUUAAAAUGCAUAUCCGUUGCUGAGUCUUGACGGUUUCUCUUCUGUGUCAGAGUUUGACAGUCGGAGAGAUGAACUCGAUGUAUCGAGAGCUCGGCCUCGUUGAGAGAAGUCAGAGCUCAAAGCUCGGCCUCCCGUUAUCGCUCCCGACACACGAAGCAGACUCGCUGCUCCGGUCGCUCCGAUAACAGAUGAUACAGUCCGUUACUAAAUAUUA